AUGCUAUCCGAGGCGUCCAGAGGCGACCGCAAACGACGGCGAAUCGCCAUUGCCUGCAAUGAAUGUCGCGACCGCAAGCGAAAAUGCGACGGCGCAAAACCAGUCUGCGGUACCUGUGCCAAACGGGGCUCUACCGCACCGUGUAUCUGGGAGGAGGGACGGAAUGCGAAGGGGUGGUGUCACAGCUACGUCCAGUCGCUGAGAAGCCGAAUCCAGCACUUAGAGCAGGGCCAGGCGAUUGACGAGAACGAUGAUGCGUCUCGUCUAGAAGAGAUGACUACUAGUCACAGUGGACGUGCGGUUCCAUCCACACCCUCACCCCGCCAACACAUACCGCAAGAGGAUGCCGAAUCUGGGCCCCGUCUACAUGAGCUGCCAGGCGAGGCACCCCAGAUGCGUGAUAUGCUUUCUGGGAACGUAGUGCGUGCAUCAGGCACUACAUCCAGCAGAGCCAGCGGGAAUGCCACAGGAUCAGUAUUUGUGGACCGGCACUCGAUCAUGGGUAACCAUGAAGCCGGCGAUGAAGCUGGAAUUGAUGCCAUGGGUGUCUUUGGAUCCAUUGGCGAUCGAGAGGGCCAGCGGUCUGACUUCUAUGGACCAUCCAGCACUCUGAGGUUUCUCAGCCAUGCGCGCCGGGCCAUGAGUCAAAGCACAAGUACGGCUGGCGCAGAGCGUUCCCAGCAAAGAAAUGAACUAUUAGGCUUGUUCCAGGACGAAGGUGUCUCGGUGGCAGGAAGUUCUCAUCCUUCAUCUCUGGAGGCGCCCAAGCCCAGCUUCAGCUUUUCAGGGCACCAUCUCAGUAUCCCACCCAGAAGUCAAGCCGAUGCACUUCUCGAUGGUUACUGGACGUAUUUUCAUUCUCUGUAUCCUGUUCUGCAUAGGCCGUCCUUCAUGGAGAAAUAUAUGACCCUCUGGGCCGCAUCCUCUGCCCAGACUCCCCCCCAGGGACUUGAGGCGCAACCUCGGAAGGGUUACUAUGCUGCGCUAGAUGAGAAACUCUUCCACUGUCUGUUGAAUCUGGCUUUUGCUUUGGGAACUCAGUUCGGUACCGCCGUGGUUGAGGGCGAUCGACGCGAGCUUGGUCUGAUCUUCUUUAAGCGCGCCAAAGCUCUCAUCGACUUUGACAUACUUGCCCGAGGAGAUAUAUUCCUGGUGCAGAUGCUUAUCCUUAUGGGUCAUUAUCUGCAAAGCACCGACAUGGCAAGCGCCUGCUGGAAUAUGGUGGGCCUCGCUAUCCGCGUUGCGCAAGGGAUGCUGUUCAAGGGGAAUGUUAAGCCAGCUGGAAACAGAGAUGCGCAGACGAGCAUGGACUAG